GCUGAGGCAAGGCGUGUGAGGUGACCGCCUAGGGCCCCUACAUUUAGGGGGCCCCACACUCAACCAGACUGCCGUGAGAUUUAAUGUGCUGCGAGAUUUAGUUUGUUUGUUACGUGCUCGAAAAACGCUCAGCAACCGUAGAGGAUGAUAGUUUCUCAUUGGAUCUGGACAACUCACAUGACCCACCCACAUUCAUCCACAUACAAAGGGACCAUAUAAUCAUCAGUAAUAAUCAGCACCUGGAUGCCACCUGUCCACUGAAGAGAUAAGAGUUUAUGAGCCUUCCCAGAUGUGCAGUGGACAGGUUACUGUUCCACAGCUCUAUAAAAGCACUCCGAAAUGAUGCACACUUAAUACACCACGAGCUUCUGAAGGCAGAUCUGUAAUCAGAAGGAUGAAGAUAACUGUCCUACUGAUGCUGGCUGUGGCAGGUUUUACUGCCACACCAGUGUUAGCUCAGAUCCAAAUGGAGAAGGAUGCUGGACUCGAUGUAAGUGCUCUGGAUACUGCUUUAGGGGACUUGGAGGACUCUGAUUCCACAAGUGACAUCGCUGAGACUGAUACUGAAGAUCAGGAUGGAAUAGAGCUGGAUAUCACUGAAGAUGCAGUGGAUGAGGACAGAUCCAACAUGGCCAAAGAUUCAAUCAAGUAUAGCUUCUUCUCCAUGAAAAAAACUUUCCGGGAUGCUGAGCUUUACUGCAUGAAUAGAUUCAACCGUGGACACCUUGCUGCAGUGACCAGUGCCUCCAUAAAUAGCCAGCUUGCUGCCCUGGUGUGCCGUCCAAAUGGUCAAUGCCCUCGUACCUUUGUGGGUGGGGUAAGAGUCAAGGGUACUCACUUUAAGUGGAUGGACGGAUCAGUGUGGAAAUACACAAACUGGAAACCGAUGGAGCCUAAUAAUAUGUUUUUAAAUGAAAACUGCAUAGAGAUAUUCCGCAAUGGUGAUAGCCGAUGGAGUGAUGUCUUUUGUUAUGUUAAAAGGUCCUUCAUCUGUUCAUAUAGGGCAUGAUGUUAGACUAAGGAAGCUGGUCCAUUUUGUUUGUUUUUUUUGCUUCAUUUUCCUGAACACACCAAUGCUACUUUCAUCAAUGGCCUUAAAUCAAGAUGAUGGAGAGACUGAUUCGAUGAUGUUUCUCUGGCUUGUUAUCUUAGUUGUCUUGAUUUGGUACAAGUUACCCCACGUACCGGCCCCAUUCACAAGCUUUAAAUGAAGUUCAAUUAACAUUUGAUUUAAGUUUUUUGAUUAUUCAUUCUUUAAUUAUUUGCAGCAAUCACAUAUGUGUAUGUGGACUCAAUUAUGUACCGCUAUUAAACAUCUUAUCUAAUGUCUUUCUCUAUUUAAUAAAGCUAAAUUGAU